AGUCUUGUUCUGUUGGCAUCCCAGUUUAUGUAUACUGCUUUACUGAUAUUGUGUUUCUGAUAUUGCGUUUUUUCCGCAUGUUAUGAAACUGCAUGUGAAUAUGAUUUGCAUGCUUGUUUGCAUCAACCAACAGAUGAUAUGUGAAAAUUGAACGUGUUACUUAAAUAGACAGCUACAAUUUUCCAAACAAAGCAAGGCAUUUAGGUUUUCUAGUGGUCUCUGACUGAGUCGAUUGAAGAAUGGGAGAACCAGAGAAAAGGAAGGUUGGAAAUAAAGAGCUGACUGAAAGAGGUCAAUGGAGCAAAAAAGUGGAGUUUUUAUUGGCCAUGGCAGGAAAUAUUGUUGGUCUGGGCAACGUCUGGAGAUUCCCAUAUCUGUGCUUCAAGAAUGGAGGAGGUGCAUUCAUUAUACCUUACAUUCUGUUUGCUGUGACUUGCGGUGUGCCGCUCUUUGUGCUGGACGUUUGUAUUGGCCAGUAUACAAAACAGAGUCCAGCAAAAUUCUGGGGAAGACUCUGUCCACUAGCAGAAGGGUUUGGUUAUGGAUGCUAUGUCAUUUCACUGUACAGCUGCAUUGCCUACAAUAUGCUCCUGGCCUGGGGUCUUUUCUACUUAAUUUCAUCUCUGAGCUCCACAUUACCAUGGACAACUUGUAGCAAUCAUUGGAACACAGAGAACUGUAUAGAACUUACAUCAAACCAGACCAAUAUGAUUCUCAACAGCACUCAAGGAAAUUCUAGUAUUUCUUCUGUCAUUGAAUUCUGGGAGGGACGAGUGCUGAAUGUAUCCCAAGGUAUUGAUAUACUGGGUGAUUUGAACUGGGAGAUUUUGCUCUGUUUACUGGCUAGUUGGGUGGCCUGUUAUUUCUGCAUCUGGAAAGGAGUCAAGUCAACUGGAAAGGCAGUGUAUUUUACAGCCACCUUUCCAUAUGUGAUGCUUCUCUUGCUGAUGUUAAGAGGUCUAACGUUGCCUGGUGCGCUGACUGGUAUAAAGUAUUACCUUUAUCCAAAACCUUCUCGCCUCGCAGACUCACAGGUUUGGAUAGAUGCAGGGACUCAGAUUUUCUUCUCCUAUGGUUUAGCAACUGGUAGCAUAGCUGUUCUUGGAAGUUACAAUACUUACAAAACUAACAGCUAUAGAGACAGCAUUUGGCUGUGUGUGCUAAAUAGCUGUACUAGUUUCAUAGCUGGAUUUGUGGUCUUUUCUGUGCUUGGAUUCAUGGCAGAGAAGUUGGGAGCUGACAUUGAAGACAUAGCACAGCCAGGACCAGGUCUGGCAUUUAUAACCUACCCUCAGGCAGUAGCCAUGAUGCCACUGCCACAACUGUGGUCAGCCUGUUUCUUUAUCAUGUUGAUUUUAUUAGGCCUGGAUACACAGUUUGUUGGACUUGAGCUGAUAGCAUCCACUGCAAUUGAUAUAUUCCCAAAUGUUUUACGGCGGCCCUACAGGAGGGAGCUCCUCCUCUUAUUCUUCAGCACUGCCUUUUUCUGCUUUCAGAUUCUAUUGACAACUCAGGGGGGAGUCUACAUCUUCCAGCUUAUUGAUUAUUAUGGAAGUAGUGGUGCUUGCCUACUUUUUAUGUGUCUGAUUGAAAGUCUAAUAAUUGGGUGGGGUUUUGGGGCUGAUCGCAUGUUCGAUGUCAUUGAGGACAUGUGCGAUAUGAGACCAAGUGCAUUCUUCAAAUACUGCUGGCGUUAUUUCACUCCACUGAUGUGCUUUGGAACUUUCAUUUUUUACAUGGCAAAAUAUAAGCCCCUCAUGUAUAACAAUGUUUAUGUAUAUCCAAACUGGGCUUAUGGUCUUGGAUUGUUCAUGGUCACAUUUUCCCCUGUUCUGGUCAUUACAUGGGGUUUGGUGAAACUAUACACCAGCUCAGGAUCACUAAAGCAGCGUUUUAAACGUGUGUUCACCCCAGAUGACAAACUCCCGAUGACCGAAAGACAAAGAGCACAGUCGCAGAUUAGUGAUAUUCUAAUGGCAGGAAUUUGAUGACCAAAUGUUCAUCAGUGGCUUCAAUCCAAAGACAGGCAAUUAUCCUUUUAGAAAUACACUGAGUUGCCAUUUUAUUAGGGCCCAGUACACUGUAACUGCACUGUACUGCAUUAUAAUUAUUUGAUGUGUUAAAUAAUGUCCAUAUGUUGAUCUAACAAAGUGUCAGUGAAAUGUGAGCACGAUGUACAUUUACAAUUUGGCACUUUUAUCUAGAGAAACACACAGAAGUGCUCUGUGUACCCUGAACUCCAGAAUACCAUCAAGCUUAAACUGUGUUUUUGAAGAUACAUAAUAAUUCUUAGCACAACAGUUAAACUGGUGUGGUAAUUUGUGUGUGUGUGUGUGUGAGAGAGAGAGAGAGAGAGAGAGAGAGAGAGAGAGAGAGAGAAAGAGAGAUGCUGAUACGUCAGGCGCAGUAGCACUGGUGUGUUAAUUAAACACUGCAUAUUUUCACAUAUAGUUAUAGGUAUCUUAUCCCUUUUCAUUGUCUUAUAUGUCCUAACUGUCCCAUGACCUUUUUCCAUUAAUAUCAGCUUCUGACCCUUGAUUUUAAAUGGAUAAUUUUAGUUUUCUGACAAUUUCUUAACUCAAUGAAGCAGUGACAUUGCUGUACCUGAUACACUCACCCCAGGACCACAGAAACUCACUGUUGUGCUAAAAAUGCCAAAAUUAUAAUAAUAUCUGGCCAGUCGUGGUCACUUUACAUUGAUGGCCCUGGUAGAAGGAAGGCUAACAAACGGACAAAAAAGUGCAUAGUGACAUGAUGGAUCUAAUGAAUAGCCAACCCAGUGUACUUUCGGUAAGCUAAUAAAAUACUCAGCUUGUUCUUCCCUAAAAAAAGCCUGUUUUAUAUGUGCUUAGUAAAUUUACAACCUUCAUUCUGCCCCUUUAGUCAGCCAUUUUCUGAAAGGAAUUUGUUCUGCAGCUUAUCGCAGAUGAUGAGUUACUAUACUAACUGGCUCCUAUUAACAGGUCCUUUUUAAUCUUACUGGCAUUAAUUAAGUCUGUGUCUAGUUAAAGACCUUGAGAUCAAAAAAAUUUGCCGAAUUAAGGGGAGCAAAUUAUCAAUGUGGAAAGACUAAAUGUGCACUCUUAAAUAUUUCAUUGUCGCUUCAAUUGGUUUUUACAAUGCUGAGAGUGUGAAAUGAGUCUGCUAAGCCACGUCUCUAGAGAGCAUGCUUAGCUUCCAGCAGAGCAAACAGGAUAUCAUGAGCACUGGUAAUGUGUGUAAUAUUUUGAGAAUUCUCUUCUUCAUGAAAGGGCUAUCAAGAAACAUCAUCAAGCUAAAUCUUGAUAAAAUCAUUUCCUGUUGAACAAAAAAAAAAUGUAGUUACAGACACGUAAUACAUUAUUGCUCACACUGAAUUUGCUGUUAGAGCCACUGGGGAUAUAUAUUUUUUAGUUGGUGAUAUUAUUAUUGUUUUUCUUCGAGAUGUGGAAAUGAUUUAUGAAACCCCCCAGGAGCCGUGAUGAAAGGAGAACCUCAUUAAGUGAACAAAUUUCUUUUCGAAUUUGUUCUAAAAUACCUUAUUGACCAUAAUCAAAGACUAUUCAUCAAAACAGCAAUUCUUGCUGGCAUUGAACUCUCUGUGUCCAACACAAUUUUUUUUUCUUUCUGCAGCACUUUAAACACGGACAUUGUUCCUCCUUUCAUUAUCGCCUUUGCAGAUAUAGGAGAAAUGAAGUCAAUCUGCUUUUGAAUGAUUCAAACAUACAAUAUACUGUAUGUAAAUGACUAAUCUGUUUCUUUUAGGAAUCAACUUUCGCUAAAGCUAAAAUAUUCAUAGUACUAUGCUGUUUUCUGAUUACAGAAUUUUGGGAAAUUUUUAGAAGGGUGCAAAAUAAGAGAUGAAGAUAUUUGUGCCAACUUUUGUGCCAGCUUGUUCAGGAAAAUGGGAGGAUAGAUAGAUAAGAUACAGCUUUCAGCCUUGCAUUUAGAUGGUUAUUAGUUUAGAUUAGUUUAGUUUGGUUUAGUUAGGUUUAGUUAGUAUUCACUCUCUGAGUCUUUGCUGAAAUAAUAUGAGAAUUUGACUUGGACUGUAUUGUACACAUCUGUUAUAUAUUUCUCUAAUUAACUGUAUUUCACUUUGCCCAAUGUCAACAAAGCUGAAUCGAAUCGAAUCAAAUUGUUUAAUAAUCACUUUUAAUAAUUUGUAUAGUGCAACUGAGCUUAAACUUGAACCCAGCUGUCUAUCCUACAGUUAAUGAUGCAAAAAUAUUGUUUAGCUCUUUUGCACUGCAGUUACCACAAUCCAUAUAGAAUAUGUUAUUUUCUUGCUCUUGUUAAAAAAAAAAUUGAUAACAAUUGGCUCAAAGAGUUUAAAGAGAUUAAGGUUCAGGUUAAGUGCUUUAUUAUUUAUAUCCAUCUCUUAAAACACUUGUAUUCAUUGAAAUAAACUACACACUUGUUUGAAUUUAUUCCAAUUCUAAAUCAAAUGAUUUUAAAGACUCUGAAGUCAAUUUGUCAAGCGCAAUUAAUAACCUGUGAAAAGGGAAGUAACCUACAAAAGAAUAAGACACAUAUGGUACAUAACCAAGUAAAUUAUUUAUUUAUUUUCUCUUCAGAUAUUAGUACCUGUAAGUAUGAGCAUUCACCUUUAUGUAGAACUGUUUUCAUCAAAAUCUAAUCUUCACUGGCUCUCUGAAGUCUUUUCUCUAAAGUCUCAGAAAUACAGAUAAAGGUUUUUCAGUUUUCUUUACACCCAGCAUUAGUCACUUGGACAGAGUGGUAGGAUCAGCAACUCAGUGACAAAUAUAGAAUGUGUGAUCAUUCAACUCGUCAUCAUUCCCAGCCUGAGUCAUGGAGCUCUUUGUCUUUGUCAGUCUGGCUCAGAGGGGUGACAUAUCUGACAGGUAGACAACAGCAGAGCAGUUAUGAAAUUUUUGUUCUUUUUGAUGCUUACUUUAGCCCUACUCAGAAGGGGUUGGUGUCUCUGGGUGAUUUUUAGCAUAUUCUUCAUGAUGUAUUAUUAAAUGAAUAAUUGCUAUUAUAUUAAAUUAAAAUGCAAAAAACUAUUAGACUGGGGCUAGUAUUUAAAUCAUUAUAUGUGAUUUCAAACUCUUUUUUAAAUAGCAUUAAGUGUAUCAAUAGCUCACAGGUUUACAG